GCUUCUGAGCUUCUUCUGACCCAGUAUGGGGAAUAUGAAGCUCUGCCUAUUGCUGCUACUUGGCACUUAUGCUAUAGCCCAGCAAGAAACUGAAUCAAAUUCUCAUCCAGAAUGUCACUUAUCUAAAAGAUUUAAGAUUUACAAAAAAUAUACAUAUCGGUAUGAAGCUGAGAUCCGGAAUAUGGUUACUGGGACCUCCCCUCUCAUUAAUGGUCCCAAAAUCUCCUGCAAGGUCGAAAUUGAUGUGCCUGUGGCAUGUAGCUUUGAGCUCCAUACCAGUGAGUGUUCCCUAACUGAGGUGGUCAGAACGGAUGCAAAUGGGGCGCCCAUCUAUGCACCUGCUGCUGAGGCCCAAGCCUUUCAAGCAGCCAUAGAAAAGAAUGUACUGAAGUUUGUUGUUGAGGGUGAGACAGGUGUGACACUCUAUCGUGAGGGAGAUGAAACCAACAUUCUGAACUUCAAGAGGGGUAUCAUCUCUGCUUUGAUUGUUCCUGUCACGGAGAAAGAGGAGAGCAAAGACAUGCAAUACCCUCUGUCCAAGCUGAUUGGCAGUACCCAGACCUGCAACUAUAAGUUCGAAAACGAGAAGAAGCACAUGACCUCUGCCAUGUGCACAGAGAAGCACAUAUUUCUUCCUUUCUCUUACCAAAAUACGUAUGGUAUCUCUUCUCUUGUUAAACAAAUCCUAACUCUUGAGGGAACCAGCAAGAUUAAUGACAGAGUUUUUGAUUAUCGUUCUACUCACCCCAAACACUUGGCUCUAGAGGCAAUGGAGGAUAAAGCCCCAGCCCAGACCUCUGAGGCUCUGCUGUUCAUCUUCAGGGAGUUGAAAUCCAUGAACGAAAAUCCAGAUCGGCAGCUAAGGGCCAGCAUUUUCCAGAGUUUGGUGUCUGAACUCCAUGGUGAAGGAGGACAACUUUUUGACCUGGCAGGCCCUGAUUCAGUGUGGCACCCCAGAGUGUGGCAGCGCCAUGUUCAGUAUGUAGAUGCUGCUGUCUAUGCUCUAGGAAUGAUGCUUAGACCUACUGGCCUCUUGGUGAAAGACAUACUGGAGAUUGCGCAGACCAAGAAGAGCAAGCCAAUAAUGUAUGCUCUCAGCAAUGUUGUAAGGAGGCAGUUCCAAGCUGAGGGUCAGCUCACCUCUGAGAUUCUUGAGGUGUCUAACUUCAUUACCUCCAUUCUUGAUGCUGACUGUGCUGGCGAGAAAGAUCUGACUUACUUGACCUUAAGGGUGAUUGGAAACAUGGGCGAGGCUAUGGAAGCAGCUGAUCCCAACAUAAAGACCACUCUGCUUAAGUGUAUGAGACAGCCUGCCACCACCCUGUCAGUCCAGAUGUCUGCCAUUCAGGCUUUCAGACGAAUGUCUGUGACUCCUGAUGUCCGUUCCAACAUUCAGAGAGUGGCCCUAUAUGCCAAAGGUACUGUUCAAAAGAGACUUGCAGCAUAUCUUAUCUUGAUGAAAAAGCCAGAGGCAAGUGACCUGGAGGUUGUGAGGAAGAUCCUUACCCAGGACCAGAAUGUGCAAGUCAAGUCUUUUGUGGCUUCUCAUGUCUACAACAUUAUUCAUUCCAGGGAUCCUGAAAUUAAAGAGUUGGGCAAAACAAUAGUCAAGGUCAUGCAGGAUGAUGAGGUGCUGACCCACUCAAACUACACUCAGCUCUCUCGUAACUAUAAGAUGGAUGUAUUUAUGCCAGGCAAGGAUGUCAUGGGCUCCGAUAUGCAAGGAAGCAUCAUUUUUGAUCCCAGCAGUCAGUUGCCCAGAGAGGUUAUGCUUGAGACAACCCUGAAAGCCUUCAGUUACAACCUUGACUUCAUUGAGUUUGGCAUGGGGGGCAAAGGAUUUGAGCCAACUGUUGAGACUCUCUUUGGAAGCAAUGGCUUCUUCCCUGAUUCUAUUUCCAAGGCAAUGUACUGGGUUGGGGACAAAAUACCAAACAAAAUCAAUGAAGUUCUGCAAGAAUGGGUUGAACCCCUGAGAACAGAAAAAACUAAAAGGCAGGUCCCUGAGAAUAUUAUUAGGGAAAUGGUGCGGAACUUCAACAAGCUUGCAAAGGAUCUAUACAACCAGGACUCCCCAGAGGCUAUUGCUUACUUAAGGAUCAUGGGGAAUGAGUUGGGAUACAUCAAGAGCACCAAUGUCCUGUCAGCUAUUGUUGACAGGAUGGCCACAUAUAUUCAGGCCUUCAAGUACUUACCUGCUUGGAUUACAAAGGCCUUGAUGUCUGGAGAUCAGAGCAUCUUUGCUCACUACAUCUUUAUGGAUAAUGAGUUCUCCCUUCCAACUGCCUCUGGAUUUCCCCUUAAGUUUGCUUUGUCUGGGACCUUUGCACCUGGUGUUGAGGGUGGUCUGCAUAUGGAACCUGGCAGGAUUGAACUGUCUUUUUCACCCUCCAUGGCAGUAGAAUUUGUUACCCGUAUGGGAGUCCACAUCCCCAAACUUGUUGUCUCUGCUGUGGAAAUGCACACUAAUAUGUUCCAUGAGAGCUCUUUCAAUGCCAAGAUCACUACGGGCGAUGGCCAAAUAAAGCUGUCAAUCCUGCCACCCAAGAACACUAUUGAACUCUUCAGAGUCAGCAACAAGUUAGUAAUGGUGUCCAAAACUCCGGUCACACUUGUUCCUGAGACGGGCGACAGAACUGCCAUAACGAACUGCAGCCCCCUUAUUUCUGGAAUCAAUUACUGCACCACCAUACUCAACUCUAAAGCUGAGAGAAAUCCUCCAUACUUUCCUCUCAAUGGAGAGUCCAGUUUUGUUUUGGGUAUCCAACCCACCGGUGACAUCACUGAGUACACUGCAGCCUUUACCUAUGAACUCUUGAACGAGGGCAAGGAAGGCCGCCAUAAGGUUGAUUUACUGAAAAUGAUUUUGAAAGCAGAAGGUACUAAGGCCACAGAGGCAACUGCCACUAUUAAAUACAACAGGAACAAGAAUAUUCUAAUGACCAGCAUUGAAAUUCCUGACUAUGAUAUUGAGGCCGGAAUUAAAGUUGGUGUCACUGACAGCCUUGCUAAAGGAAAGAAGAUCACCAUUGAUAUCUCCAAGAAAAAUAUUAACCAGUUUUCUCUCAUUGGUCGUGCAAAGCUUGAGGCCAUGAAAGAUGGCUUGCUGGAAACUCAGUUGAUUAUGCCCUCACUUAACACUGAGGCCACUCUUACUGCUACCAUGAACUGUGAUGAAUAUUUGACUCUGGAACUCAAGAGUAACAUCAAGCUCCCAGAGACCAACUCUGUGCAGAAGAUUACCUUACAAUAUGCUAAAGAUGAGAUGAAGAUUGAGAUGAAGUCUGACAUAGACUCAGAGAUCCAGAAGCUGAUGCCUAAUGCAGCACCUCUUCAGAGUCACCUAUAUCAGGCCUUUGAUAACAUCAUGGACAAUAAAGUUGUAAAGACUGACAUGAAACUCCGUCACAUUUACGCAAAACUCUGGGAGGCUUACCUUAUUUGGAUGGACAAGAUUGCUUCUGAUGUGCCCUACCUUCAGACACUAAGAGAGAGCAUUCCAGAACUGGUUAUUCCAUCUUUGCCUGAGAGGGUGUUCAUGAACACAGAGAGCAUUUUCAAAUACAACUUCAACAAAGAUCAUGUCACCUUCACUGUUCCUUUGCCUCUUGGUGGAAAAACAUCUGAGGACUUGAGAAUCCCUCCCACCAUGGCCACCCCAGAACUAGUCAUGCCACAAAUUAGUGUAAUGCUACCCUCUAAAAGGUUCAAUCUACCAACCUUUUCUAUUCCUUCUAGCUAUGACCUCCCAGUGCCUCUUCUAGGAAUGGUAGAGGUAUCAGCAAAAGUGAACACUAACUUUUAUGAUAUAGAGGCAGUUUUUUCUGCUGGCAGCAACACUGUCAAUGAGCCCAGCUACAUUACAAGCUACAAAGUUGUUGCAAACAGUCCUGUGGAACUUCUUGCUUUUACUGUGGAAGGGUCUGCACAAAUUGCUGACAUUACAGCGGACAUUGCGAAGUUCGACAUCAUUUCUUCCCUGAAACAUAAGCUCAUAGAUGCACGCUUCAGUCUAAUGGAAACAGCCAAAUUCACAGAUGAAGUGAAAGCAACAGGAAAGUACAAGAUUGAGGCCUUCAGCCCUCUGGGUAUGCAGAUGUCACUGGUAUACACAACCCAGGCAUCGGUUUCUUCUGAAAUCAGAGGGGAUGGCAGUUUAGAUGGAUCACUAAAAGUAGGAUCAAUAUCUGCUAGAACUACUGCCACACAAGCCUUUUUACUUCAACCCAAAUCUAGAGAGGCAAGAGCUGAAUCCACUUUCAGUUUAAACUGUCCAAAUUUCCAAAUACUAAACAAGAUGAAAGCCACAGCAGCCAGUGGAGAACUUUCAUUUGAGUUGAACACUGACAUAGAGAAUGACCCAGUCCACCACACCACCAAGUUCAACAUUGAACUCAAGGAAGCUAAGUUUACCAUUAAGUCUGAUUCUGUCACCAGAGCUUAUGAGACCAAGCUUCAAAACCAGGUAGAUUUCUCUGCAACCAUGAAGGAGGUCACUAUCAGGAUUGAGUCCCAGGCUGAUGACAACACAAACCGAGCUUUCUCCCAGCUUACUGGGUCCCUAAGCACCCAGGGACUGGAGCUCAACAGUGAUGCUACGAUCAACUUCGCUGCCAACCAUGCCUCUAGCAAAGGCACGCUGUCAUUCACCAAAGAUGGCCUGACCACUAGCUGUACCACCAGUGCUCAGAUCAGAUCUGUGACCUUUGAAAACAUUUUCCAUGGUAUAAUUACAACUACAGGUGCUACAGUGGCUGUUUCCAGCAAGGGAACAGUCAAUGAGAACAGCGCUGAACUCAAAGUUGAAGGAAGACUUGCAAGUUCAGAAGUAUAUCUAAACAGCAUGUACAAGGGUGACAUUUUCAAUGCCAACACCAGAAACAUGAUCACUCUCAAGCUGAAUGAAGAUGGUCUAAACCUCUCCAACAACUUGAUUGCAUCACUUCAAGAGAUUAAAAUAGAAAACACAGACUCACUGAUAGUUACCCUCAAAUCUUUGGCCAUGCAUUCUAAAUCCAACAGCUUCCUGAAUGAGAACAACUUCUACAAGCACAACGUUGCAGUGGACAUACAUGAAUUUACAGCAUCUUUCCAGGCUGAAAAUGAUCUUAAAGUAAUUGGUAUCCUCUUUAGCAACGAGGUCCAGAUGAAGGCAGAGCCCUACAAGAUGGAAGUUACUGGAACUCUGAAGGGGAUAUUUGAUGAAAAGGGACUCAGACAUACAUAUGAGAUCACAUAUGUUGACCAGACAGCCACUGCAAAGUGCAGCACCAAUGGAAAACUCUUGGGCAGUCAAAUGACUCAAAGCUCCGAGUUUGAGAUAAUUGGGUUUUCCACAAAGUUCAGCAAUGAGGUGCACUUCAACUCUCCCUCUCUCCAACUGGAAAGCAACAUCCUAACUAAAACAGAACCUUUCAGGGUGAAUGUUGAGAGCUCAUUCAGCUCUGAUGGAGCACUUAACCUGUAUGGAAAACACAGUGGCCAGGUGAAAAGCAUGCUGCUUCUUCAAGCUGAACCUAAGUCUUACUCAUACAAGCAUGAAUGGAAGGCCUCAACUUCCCACCAGCUGAACAAUGGAAACUCCAUUAAACCUAACUUCCAGCAUAAAAUAACCAGCGCUAUCACCCCUCAGCAGCAAAAGUUUAACUUCAAUAUGGAGUCUAUGCUGAAUGACCAUGCCUUUGACCACUCCCUGGAAAUCUUCAACACUCCAAAUAACAUGGGUAUUGCACUGAAAGGCACCGUGUCCACCAACCUCUUGAACAAAGCCAAUGACAAUCAAGAAUUUGGCAUCACAAGUGCUCUGAAAUAUGAGAAGAACAGUGAAAGUCAUUUUAUUUACCUACCUUUCAUUGAUAAGCUGCCUUUUCUCAUAGAAGAGGUCAAAAUUGCAAUGCUCACCAUGAAAGAUCACAGUAUUGACGUGCUUGAUGUCAUUGAUACUAAAUAUGACAUUACAGCCACUUUUAAAAGCAAAGGAAAUGAACUUUCACAGGUAAUUGUAAAUUUUGAUGUGGACAUGUUCUUGGAUGAUGUGAGUUUUUGCCUCUGAUAUGAAAGCUGUAG